AUGGUCUUGAUCCCUCUACGGCCUCUCUCCACAAACAGCGCCCAGCACCAAUUCGAACUCAUGGUCAACCGUAGUGAGGCCUUCAACAAGGAGGCGGGUGUUGGCAAAGCAGGAGGGAGAGAAAACAUGAGGGAGUUACAGAACCUGGACGAGGGUGAGGCCGAGUUGCGAGCCGAGCUGGAGGAGGAUCGCAGACACGCAGAGGCCAGCCUGAUUACUGUCGAGCACUACACGCUUGAGAUGGCGAAUUCGGGUGACCAAAGCGGCCUUGAUGAUGCGGCCGAGGACAUGGAAUACCAAGAAGCGGAGGAGUUACGUCAAGAUGUUGCUGUCACGAAUACCGGAUCAGAAGCAACGUCUGGCUUGACCAAGUUGGAUAGGUCGGCAUACGGAGUGAUGCUUAAACUGCUGACGCAUCUGACGCCAAAUGCGACAUAUGCGAUUUGUGUUAGUGCAGUCAAUUCUGAAGGGGAAGGUCCACUCUCGCAUGCCGAGCUGGUGAUCGUACGACCAGGAGGUGAGAAAGGACUUAAACAACUUUGGACCACAUGA